AUGAAGGAUGCAUCAUCACAGGGUGAAGCUCAGGUGCCACUGCUGGCUUCUUUAAACACGGAGUCCCAAGUGCAUCUUAUUGUGGGAUCGAAUCCCCUUGCUGCAGCUCGUUGCGCCAAAAGCGUGGGCUCUGGGGCGAGACCCACCAUUAUAUCGCCUGAUGCGGACAGUUUACAGUACACAUUGGCCGCGUACAUUGAACAAGGCUCUGCGCAAUGGAUUCAGAGGGACUUUCAAGACAGUGACUUGACGAGUCUAGGCAGAGAGGAAGUCGAUCAUGUUGUGGACAUGGUUUUUGUAACCCUUGGCGCCGGCCAUCCUUUGAGCACACAUAUCUCAAAAUUAUGCCGGCGUCUAAGAAUCCCUGUGAAUGUAUCAGAUGCCCCGGAACUGUGUACUUUCAGCUUGCUUUCCACUUACUCCGAUGGUCCUCUUCAUAUCGGACUUACGACUUCGGGACGAGGCUGCAAGAUGGCGUCAAGAUUAAAGAGAGAAAUAUCAUCUACACUACCACCUCACCUCGGCAGCGCUAUAGAUCGUCUAGGUACUGUGAGAAGACGUCUAUGGGAAGAAGACUUUGCUGCAGGGCUCUGUGAUGUGAACUUUGAUGUCGACGAGGACGACUCCACUGGGCAGAAGCACACAUUCAACAAUUUGGUCACGGAAGACGAUGUCAAUGCAGCAAAGACUCGGCGCAUGCGUUGGUUAUCGCAGAUCUGCGAAUACUGGCCCCUUUCCAAGCUCGCCGCUAUCACCGACUCGGAUAUCGACAGCAUUCUCCAGGCGUACAGCUCAGGAAAGGUAAAGGACACAGAUGUUAACGGAGUGCACCUAUCUGAGAAGAAGGGGAGGAUAAUUCUUGCUGGUUCUGGCCCAGGACACCCCGAUUUGCUCACUCGGGCAACGUAUAAUGCUAUUCAGAGCGCUGACAUUAUCCUGGCCGACAAGCUCGUACCUGCACCCGUCCUAGAAUUGAUCCCACGGAGGACAGAAGUACAUAUUGCCCGAAAAUUCCCCGGGAAUGCCGAUCAAGCACAGGAGGAGUUUCUUCGCAUGGGAUUGAAUGCUCUCACCCAAGGCCGCCAGGUCCUCCGCCUAAAACAAGGUGACCCGUAUCUAUAUGGACGCGGAGGAGAGGAACUCGAGUUCUUCCGAGCGGAGGGAUACGCACCUAUCGUGUUGCCCGGAAUCACCAGUGCUCUGAGCGCUCCUUUGUUUGCGGAGAUCCCUGCAACCCAUCGAGGAGUAUCUGACCAGGUUCUGGUUUGCACAGGGACUGGAAGAAAAGGCGCCGCACCUGAGCCUCCGACGUACGUUCCCACACAAACGGUUGUGUUCUUGAUGGCGCUUCACCGAAUAUCUGCCCUCGUCAACUCCUUGACCACUUUACCUGAAGGAGACUGUGGCUCGCCACCACAGAAGCGGACACUAUGGCCGAAAGAAACGCCGUGUGCUAUUAUUGAGCGUGCUUCUUGCAGUGAUCAGCGGGUGAUUCGCUCCACACUCGAGCAUGUCUGCCAGGCGUUCGAGGCUGAAGGAUCGCGGCCGCCCGGUUUGCUUGUAGUAGGAGCUAGCUGCCACGUUCUUCACAAGCCAGAAGACCAGAAGUGGAUCGUUGAGGAGGGAUUUAGAGGACUGGAUGAAAUACAAAAGGCGAUUGAUAUGCCAGUGAUGAACGGAACAGCUUAG